AUGAAAAAUGAAAAUGGCUAUCAUGAGGUUGUGAGACCUGAAAUUACAGUUGCAGAGAGAAAUUGUAUUGAUGCAGGUUGGUCUUUUCAUAUGUCAUGUGACAGUUUUACCACAGACAACCUUGAGGUCAUAUUUGGAUUGAGAUUACUUUAUGAGACACUGAAGUAUAUAAUUUCAGAAAAAAAACUUGAUGUACAGCAAGGAAUUGAAGACUUUUAUGAGAGCAAAGAACUAGCUGAUUCAAAAGAAAUGCAAUCAACAUGGCAUUGGUAA